AUGCCUGGAUACAAUUUAUCUCCAGCGGACCGAUCAUUGAUCGACAAAAAGAAUUUAUGUCCUAAAUGUGAGGGACUUCUUAGAGAAGCUGUGCAAACAAUAGCAUGUGGUCAUAGGUACUGUAAGACAUGCGUGGAGGCGAUUCUAAAGUAAGUAAGGGUUCAGGAAUUGGUAUUGUCUUUUAUUCUACUCACCAGGCUAGAAUUCUGGAUUGCACGAGCUGGAUUCAGGAAACCAGCAAUUGGAUUCCGGAUUCCUUGUCAGCGGAAAUUGGAUUCCGCAUUACAAUCGCCAGCGGGAUUCCAGAUGGCUUGAGUUGAAUCCCGGUUUCCAUAACCCAGGAUUUUGGAUCCCACAAGCAAAAAUUUGCCCGAUUCCCCAGAAUUCGGAUUACCUUGAAUAGGGUAGCCUGCGUAGCUGUCGGUCGUUUUGGUGUGUUUUAUCUUUUGCGGUUCAAAGAAAAAAGAAAAAACACAACAAAAAACUGCCAGCUACAUAGGCUAUACAUGGUGCGAAACGUAAUCGAUUGAUAUACUGUCGGUGACCAAACAUACUGCAGAGUAACUGAUAUACCGCACGCCACAGUUGUUUAAAAGGAGAAUUGCACUAUCCACCAGAUAAAUCUCUAUCCAACGGAUGGCGCGAUUGAUUUCCUUCGUACUGAUAGACACUAGAUAGUGAUUCAUCUGGCGCCCGGAUAGCACUAUCCACCUUUUGAGCAACUUUCGGGGGCCAGAUAAUUAUCAAAAUAUGUGCUACGGACAACUGGUUAAUAUUCUGUAAAUAAUUGACUAGUACUCUAACACCUGGCUAAUAUAACUGCAGUAGUUGCUAAAUACGCUGUAGAUAUCUGAUAUCUCUCUCUGAUUACUGAGCAAUGCUGUGAUGUGAUGUCAUGCAUUAUAGGAGAGACUUUGAGUCCCGUUUACGCUAAGUUGUACCACGUGACCAAGUUUUCUCUUUACUUGGCUUUUACUCUUUAUUACUUCUACAAAAAUAUAGGUAGUUUCACAUUACUUGUGUUCAUAAGAAUCGAAUUGUUUUUAUCUGCUGAUUUUCCAUUUUGAGUAAUUCUCAAGUUGAAUCGGACGCGGUAAUCGUGGCUCUAAAUCUCUCUCUAUUGUGUUAAUAAUUUCAGUUCAAAUGUACUGAUCUCUUUCCCUUCAUUUAAAGGCAGGAUGUUGGAAAAUGCAUCGUCGAUGGAUCAGAUAUCACUAAAGAACAGGUUUGUGAUCGCUUUUUCAGUUUUUGUCAAUGAUUUCUCUGACUUUGAAAGCAGCACACAGUACAAAGAAGUACUCUGCAGUAAUAGCUUGCGUUUAAUUUUUUUUAAGUUCUAAAUGUACAGGUCUAAACUGACAAAGAAGCCAAUCGUUUCAUAUGAGCAAUCUACUCUGUAGCUCAUAUAUAUUUCAUACAGUCACUGUUGCGAGUGUCUCUGUCUGGUUUGUGUUGAUAGUAACAACAACAACAAUAAUAAUACUAAUAAUAAUAAUAAUAAUAAUAAUAAUAAUAAUAAUAAUAAUAAUAAUAAUAAUAAUAACAAUAAUAAUAACGAGCCACGAAAAUGACUAUACCCGUCGUGAUUGGUGCACUUGAAACUAUUUCGAAGAAUGCAAAGGUCUGGUAUGGGAGGUUGAGUCUGCCUGACGUUUUUGGAAGUGCACAGUUGUCGGCUAUCCUUUGUACUGCUCAUAUCUUGUGGAAAAUGUUGUGUCUCUAAGCUGCGGAAAGCUUCUAUAUCAUGGCUACGGACACCCAGAAAAUACCAGAGAACUGAAGAGGAUCACGCAAUAAUAAUAACGGUGACGACGACGAUGACGACAGCAAUAACGAAAACGAUAUACUGUAGUAAUGGUAACAGGAUUGAGUGGAGUCCAAUUCAUGCGGUCUGUAAUCAUAGGUCGGGUCAUUAACAAAAUCGGACGACCGCGUAGCGGGAGUCCGAUUUGUUUAAUCAUGAGUAUGAUUACACACUGAAUUGGACGACACGAAGUUCUGUUACCAAUUAAUCAUAACUUUAACAAAAUUUGUAAUAUAUAAGGCCCUUUUUGGAAAUCAAAACAGAAGAAACUCCAUUUUUUUUUGCUAGUAGUUAAAAAAAGCCAUUUUAGCGCGCGCGUGAUGGCGCGUACUGUCCAAUUACGUAGGCAUGACGCGUACUGUCCUAUUAAAUUGUCCAAUUAAGGCUGAAAUCAGGGCAGUUGAUAGCCAAUCAGAUUUGAGAAUUUUGUUAUAGUUAUGAUUAUUGUAACAAUGAAAAGGAAUGGUCCAAGUUACAAUUGCCAAACUUAAUAUUUUACUAUUGUAAAAGUGAACCGUUUGUUGUUGUUACAGGUAUUUCUUGACCGAUUUGUCGAGCGUGAGAUUCAGUCACUCUUGGUUCACUGCAUUCAUCAAGAAGAAGGUUGUGAUUGGAGAGACGAGCUUAGGAAAAGAGAGGUAACAACUGGGCGUUGUGCUGUUUAAAUGAGUCAUGAUGUUUAUACUUUACUGAUUGCUAUUAACUGUAUCUUAUAUCGGUGUGAUAAAUAAAGAAUUAACAGACUCAGUUUAGGCCCUGCUGCCCAGAGGGUCUCAGUGGGGUUCGAAUCCUUAGACAAGGGUAAUGAGAGGCGUGAACGUUGUUUUUCCAGCCACUUUAUGUUCCAUCAGUGAUAAUACUAAGAGAGAUUGUAUAAAAGCCAAAUUUACAAAUAGAAGUCACCAUCUCAUUCAGGUAGACCCUCUGACCAGUGAGGCCCGAGCUCUGCAGAAUUCGCUAGAGAUGUCCUCCACAUAACAGACGAAAUAUAGCGAUUUUCAAGUGAGCCUAAAUAGGCACAUGAUUUACGCCGUGUUUCGGCGCAGGAAUCUUAUUAGGUUGUGUAACAACACUAGCCGAAUAUGGCGAUUUCAAUCAGGCUGAAGUAGUAUAGGGCGCAUGAUUAACUACUUGUUUUGACACACUUGUUUUAUUCUUUAGUCUUGAUUUUACGAUACCCCUAGUUUAAAAUAUGUCGAUUCCACAAUAAUGCUGCUGUGCGAGUAUCUUUUAGACUGUCUUUAUUGCCACUCUUUUCAUAAAGUCAUGAAAAUUGACAAUUACAUGUUCUCGUGUGUUAGGAUCACGAAGCUGUGUGUGAGUACGUUCAAGUUCCAUGCGUGCAUAAAGGAUGCGGUGAACUGGUGACUAGAGCAAAUCUGGCAGAGCAUCUUGAGAAGUGGUGUCAAUUCAGAAUGGAAAAAUGUGAUCACUGCCAAACUCUUGUAGAGUUUGCAUUUUUGAAGGUAACAAUAAGCCUCAUGAAAUUGUUUUUUACCCCUAAGUUGUCCUCAUUUAGGAUACGAUCCUUUUACUUUUAAGUCUUCCUUUGCAGCAAUAAAUUUCCUUGUUGUGAAGUUAUUCAUCGGUCUUCAUAAGAUUACUCAUUUUUAAUUUCUCUUUCUUCUGGCGCUCAUUGAUUCUUUGAACAUUUCUUCUAGUCAUGCCUAUAACCCGCUAGCAUCUGAAAUCGGCAGAAGUAGUUGCUAGUGUUAAGUCUCAUAAAAAAGAGAUCUUUUCUUUUUCAUUCAAAACCCAGUCAGCUUGGAUACUUUGUUCACAGUGAUCUCUAAACUGAUGACUAACAUAAUUAAUUAUACACAGGAACACCAGGACUCUCAGUGUCCCUCAGUCCCUGAGACUUGCACAGAAUGCGGGAGAAAGGGUAUCCCUCGUUCUCAGGUGAGUAAGCCUUACAAGCAUUUUUGAUUUGAAAAUUUUUAUUUGCGAAGUUGAUGCUCACUGGCAUCACUGGAUACUUUGCAAAAGCACUUUCUGCAAUCGAAAAAAAGGCAACGCAUCUAAUUUUGUUGUCUUCCAUGCUCCGAGAUGUUUUCUUCUUCCUGUUUUUAUGUUUUUGCGUACUCUCCGAAACUAUGAUUCCAGAGUCCCACUUCUCGGUAUGAAAAAAUAUGGCGCCACCAGCGGAACUCUGGGUAAAUCCAUCAAUCCAUCUUUCUCCGUACCGCGGAUUUGAUCGUUUAAUCUGCAACGCGCGCACUUUUGUAAAAGAGUUCUUAACAGGUUGCUGCUAGGUGUUGCGUGGGUAACAAAUUUAAUUCAAGAACAUUUUAUAUCAUACUACAUAUAGUUACCGUAACUCUGGAAUAAAAAGUUUGGGACUUAAUUUUGGUUUUUAUCUUUCUCACUCGAUCAGAUGCCUGCCCAUAUUGAUCCGGUAAAUGGAGACUGUGAGGAAUUACAAACAAGUUGUCCCUGGGCACAAAUUGGAUGCCCUGAGACAAAGGUAUGCAAAUACUUAAGAUUACGUUUGUUAUAGGAGGGGGUCGUGCUUUAGACGGGAAGUUUAAUGUUCAAACAUGAAUGGCAUCGAUCGUUUUUUGUGUAAAGUGCCGCUACACGUAAGAUGACUUUCCCUUGCCAGAGAAAGGCUAAAACAAAUGUCAAGGAUUUGUCUUACAUAAAUUUAAAGACUGCUGUAGAGGAGGGCGGGAGAUCUUUUAUAUGUGAUUUUGUCGAGGGAAAACUUUUACUGAGUGGUACUUAGCUUGUGCAGGUUUGCGAAGACGUCUCCGGAAAGCUCAUACUGAGCCUUGAUCAAAGCUAGCUACGGGCCACUUUUGAAUCCGGCACUUGAAGUUUGACUGUAUGCUCCAAGUCAGCAAUCGUUCGGAAAUUUGUGGAUGGGCUGCGUGUUUAUUAACGUUUCUGAGCUUUAAUACACCAUGUCGUUUUCGUUUUCUGUAGACUAUGAAGCUGCAGGAACGAAGAAUGCAUGAAGAGGAAAAUGCUUCCGGUCACUUGAUGCUCCUAUUUCAGACCGUAAUGCAGCUCUUCUCGAUGGUUGGGAAGACCAUGCGGGAAUCUGGUCUCGUGUCAAUGAACGGCGUAAAUCUACCAAAACAGAAAGAUUUGGAACGCUAUGCUAAACAAGUUGAGAAUAUACUGAAAGAAAAUGAAGAACUCAAAUCAAAAUUGGCUCAACAAGAAGAAAGAGUAAGGCAACUGGAAAGUUCGAGACACAACAGGUCAAACUCAGCAUCAGCAUUUGAUUCAACGCUCGCCAAAGAGCUUUUACAGAGGAUGACUACAGAAGAAGGAAAGACAGCCAAUCUCGAACUUUUACUCGUUGAAGCAAGUAGAUUAAGUGAAGAACUACAAAGAAAGGUGUCUAACGUAGCCAGGCAACAGGAAUCUUCGAAUGGAACAACUGAUCGCCUACAAAGACAGUUCGAGUCCAUGAGUCACUCACUAGCUCUUCGUAAUGUUAUGCUGACAGAUUUGGACGAAUAUGUGAGGCAGCAGGAAAUCUCCAGUCACGAUGGAAUCUUGCUUUGGAAAAUCACCGAGUUCGCUAAAAAACGGCAAGACGCCGUCUCCGGGCAACAGACGUCAUUUUAUAGCCCGUGCUUCUUUACCAGUCGCUAUGGAUACAAGAUGUGCGCGCGCAUCUACUUGAAUGGUGAUGGUAUUGGAAGAGGGACACACAUCUCGGUAUUCUUUGUUGUCAUGCGUGGUGAGUACGAUGCGUUACUCCGCUGGCCAUUCAGACAGAAGGUAACGUUCAUGCUGCUGGAUCAGAAUAACGUAGAGCACGUGAUCGACUCCUUCAGACCUGAUCCAAACAGCUCAUCCUUCCAGAGACCAAGAAGAGAAACAAACAUCGCUAGUGGGUGCCCUACAUUCUGUCCUUUGUCGGAAUUAAACGAUCAUGCUUACGUCCGAGACGAUACUAUGUUUCUGAAGGUCAUAGUCGAUACGACAGAUUUAUAA